GUCUCGGUAGCACGUACUCGGGUGCUAAGUAACAGUAAUUGCCUGCAAUUGUCGUAAUGGUACUCUAGUGUUUAGUGUUGGGUGCGAUGUGGUGUGCGUGACCAUGGCUUGCUAAGACUCUCAUAACCAUGAUGCCGUUGGCACCGACUCCCAUCGUGGCGGUGCCCUCCAAGCCCAAGAUCGGCUUCUCGAUCGACUCCAUCGUGGGGCAGAGUCCCCAGCACUCGCCGGUGCACUUCUCAGAGGGGUCGGCGCCGCUUUCGCCCUCCAGCGAUGACAACCAGCCCCGGUCGCCCGCCUCGCCCAAACCGCCCAUCAUGGUACCGGGCAUCCCGGCGCACUCCCUGGUCAGGCCUAGUCCCACCUACGACCCCAAUCUGGUGCCCAAGAACGGCUUCCUCCAGCCCGAGAUGGUGCACAACCACCAGCAGCAUCCCUUCGCCUUGGCGGCGCACUUCCAGGGAGCGGCGUUGGCGGCGGCGCUCUCCUCCGGACAGCACGGCUUCCCCCAGCCGUCGCCGCUCACCACCCACCAGCCCAGGGAUAGCUACCCGCUCUAUCCCUGGCUGCUCUCCAGGCACGGCAGGAUUUUCCCCCACAGGUUCCCGGGAGGACCGGACAUUCCCGGAUUCCUCCUGCAGCCCUUCAGGAAACCAAAGAGAAUACGGACGGCGUUCAGUCCGUCGCAACUGCUCAAACUCGAGCACGCUUUCGAGAAAAAUCACUAUGUCGUAGGUGCGGAACGAAAGCAGCUUGCACAGUCGUUAUCGUUGACUGAAACUCAGGUGAAGGUGUGGUUCCAGAACCGGAGGACCAAACACAAGCGGAUGCAGCAGGAGGAAGAGGCGAAGACGAGCCAAGGCGGAAACAAGUCCAGCUCGCAGGGUAGCCAACAGAACAGCCACCAUGUCAACAAGUGGAAGCAGGAAACGGGGGAUGACGGCCAAUACGGGGAGUAUAUCGAUAUGGACAUGGACGAGGAAUGUGUGAGUGAUGUAGAGAGUGAAACAUAAACUGUGUAAAUAGUGACGAUUGUGCCAACUUUUACGUGCCAAACUGUUYGUUAGUGCCAAUUCGCAAUUUCAAAUUCCCCCAGUAGAGUAGUCCCAGUGUAAAUACGGUCCCCUUAUUUAUUUCCAGGCAUACCUAACAACUUUUUGUAUUUAUUUUUGUGUACAUAUAAGUAUUGUGAAUAUUCUAUUGAGAAGACACCGUUUGUUUUCCUGUGAUUAUCCUGUUUUAUUUUCCACAUAUCUAACGAAUUUUUACAUAAAUAUGUGUGUAUAAAUAGACGUUUGUUGAAGAAUUUUUUACUUGUACAUUUUUUUAAGACGAGACUUUGAUUUUUGAUAAAUCUAUUAAAAAUUGAAGCUCUCAUUUACUAGACUUAACUGUAGAAAAAAUAUGUUGAGUAUGAUGUACUUAAAAACAAACUUGUAAAGAACACGAAAUAUACCUAAAAGAAA